AUGGCUAAUGAGGAAGCUAGGGUGAGGACCUUCCAAACUGAUCAGCAGCCACGGAGAGUUGAGGAUACAUUUUUCAUGAGAUUUCCGUACCUCAGAAUUUUGGAACUGAGUGACUCGCUUGUGCAGAGCAUCCCAGAUUAUAUUGGAAAACUGAUAUAUCCACGUCUACUUGAUCUUGAUGGUACUUGUGUAUCUUGUCUUCCGGAGUCCAUCAGCUCUCUUAUAAACCUUCAGAUACUGAACUUGCAAAGGUGUCAAGAUCUGCACAGCCUUCCAUUAGCAAUCACUAGAUUGUCCAAUUUAAGGCGCCUUGGUCUCGCUGGUACACCAAUCAAUCAGGUUCCAGAAGGGGUAGGUAGACUGAAACAUCUCAAUGAUCUAGGAGGAUUUCCUGUCGGUGGUGUAAGUGAUGAUGCGAAAACUCAGAAUGGUUGGAAGCUGGAAGAAUUGGAACAUCUGUCACAUCUAAGGCGGCUUGACCUGAUCAAAUUGGAAAGAGCAGCUCUUCAUACCACAGGUUCAGUUCUAGCAGACAAAAGGUAUCCAACCUGGCUUGGCACUACCCAUUUGUCUUCACUGAAACACUUGAAACUCGUAGAUUGCAAAACCUGUGUGUAUCUUCCACCAAUUGGGCAGCUAGCCAACCUGAGAUAUCUGAAAAUUGAUGGAACAACCAAAGUUACCAAGAUCGGACCCGAAUUUGUGGGUUGCAGGGGGGCUAGGGCUAAUCCGAGGUCCAUGGUGUCAGUUGCUUUCCCCAAGCUCGAAGUGCUUGUCAUCAGGGAUUUGCCCAACUGGGAGGAUUGGUCCUUUAUUGAAGAUGCAGCAGGAGCAGCAGCCACAGAAGGGGGUGGGGAUAUAUAUGCCGAGAUGCGAAAAGGGGAAGCCCUGUCUCCAAGGUUGCAUCUGCUGCCCCGUUUGAAGAAGAUGGAACUUGGGGGCUGCCCCAAGCUGAGGGCUCUCCCACGACAGCCUGGACGACAUGCCACCAGCUUGAAAGAGCUCCAUUUAAGAGGAGCAAGUUGCUUGAAGGUGGUGGAGGACCUCCAGUUCCUCUCUGAGAAACUUCUGAUUGUAGGUUGUGAGGGCCUGGAAAGAGUAUCGAACCUUCCUCAAGUGAGAGAGUUACGGCUACAUGAUUCUCCAAACCUGAGGCGUGUUGAGGGGUUGGGUAGUUUGCAACAGCUGUGGCUGACCAAGAAUAUGCGUGACAUCCCUGUGCUUUGGAUGUUGGGGCUUCAAGAGCAGCACCGGGAGCUUCACGGCGAAGACGUGGAUGUCUGCACAUGGUGUAAAGGCUGA